CCUCUAUGUAGAGAUUCGAUUUUUACUCGCAAGGUUGAAGAGAAAACUCAAAAGUCAAAACAGUAACAACACUUUUAUUUUAUUUUAUUUUAUUUUAUUCAAAUAAGGAGGUUAAGGUCUUAUCGUUUGAAGAUUUUGGAUUAAGGGGAAGAAAGGGAGUGGUUCUUUUGCUCGUUAAAUUGGGUGAUUUGAAUUUGAGAAGCGACAGCGAAAAGGAUUUGGUUGUGUAUAAUUGCGUGUGUUCCAAUUUGAAAUUGAAUUAGAAAAAUGAUGGUGAAAGCAAUUCAGCUUCAGAUAUGUGGAUUGGUUAGUCAACGAUGGAGUUGGAAACCCCGCACAGUCUCAUCCCUGUCCUCAUUUUCCUCAAUUCCAUACCCUAACCCUUAUUCCAAACUGCUUCCCAUCACCACCGUCGCUCGCUGGGUUCGAUUCGUGCCAUUUCACGCUUCCUCGUCGUCGCUUCCUUCUGCCGGGAAUGUUCGAAACAUUAAGUUCUGUCAGUGGUGUGGUGGUUCCACGAAGCAUGAUAUUCCUGAAGGGGAGGAAAGGUUGAGAGCCAUAUGUACGGUUUGCGGGAAGAUCGCAUAUCAGAAUCCAAAGAUGGUAGUUGGCUGCCUCAUUGAACAUGAUAACAAGGUCCUUCUUUGCAAGAGGAGUAUUCAACCAUCUCAUGGCCUUUGGACCCUUCCUGCUGGUUAUUUGGAAAUUGGAGAGUCUGCUGUGGAAGGUGCCAUCAGGGAAACAAGGGAGGAAGCAAAUGCAGACGUAGAAGUAAUUUCUCCAUUUGCCCAAUUGGAUAUUCCUUUAAUUGGCCAAAGUUACAUGAUAUUCUUAGCAAAGCUGAAGAAGCACCAUUUUUCACCUGGUCCAGAAUCAUCAGCAUGCCAACUUUUUCCACUUGAUGAUAUACCUUUCAAUUCUCUAUCCUUUUCAUCAAUGGUGGUUACCUUAAGUUUGUAUGUUGAGGAUAUUAAGGCUGGAAAACUCAAAUUCCAUUAUGGAACCAUUAACAAAAGGCCGGGUACAAGUCCUUCCGAUAUUCGUGCCUAUACACUGGAUCACCAUAUGCAUUCAUGAGUCGUGAUAAGCAAAGUAUCAGAAGAUUGUAAGUUAAAAAAUUUCUUCGGCCAGCCAGAAGAUUGCAUGUCUUCUGCAAGAACUUCCGAGUGUUAAUGGCUUGAAUUCACCAUUGUCACAAGCUUAAAUUCAACAUUGUCCCAAGGUAGAUGAGCAGUGUUCAAAUUCAAACAGGGCAUGUUAGACCUAUGGUCAUCAUUACCUGCGAAUUCCUCAGUUGCUCUUGUGGACCUACCAUAUCAAAUUGGUAGGUAGUGCCGUUACAGAAGAAAGACUGAGACUUGUUUUGCAAUCUGCAUUGGAAUUGUAAACAUAAAACAUUCAUUGAGAUAACUGUAAUUCUUUUUUGAAAAUUUUCCCCUUUCAAAAUCAGGUACUCUUGAUGCACUUUGGUUAACAUGUUUGAUGCAAUAUGGUAACAUGAUCAAGACAUUGGCACAAUCUUUAACUCAGAAAGCUCCAUUUUUAGUA